AUGUGCGAUUCCUGGAAGAAAUUUGUAAAUGAUUAUACAAUAGUCUAUUAUGUUGUAUCAAGUGAUAAUAAAACCAGAAAAGCACACGAUGUGGCUAUCUGCCUUGAUCUUAUUGCCACAAAGGUAUUGAAAGAUUCAGGGUAUGAAUGGGAAGCAGUUAUUGAACUAAUUAUCAAAAUUAGAUUGAAGCGCACACCAAUUGACGUUACGGUAUUAUCUGUUUAUUCUCCGGUUAAUCCAUCGACGAAACAAAUGGCAAAUGACACUGAUAAAUUUUAUUCUGAUCUACAAGAUACCAUAAGCAACGUGUCUACAAAUUAUAUGUUUAUCAUUAUGGGUGAUUUAAAUGCCAGAUUGGAUGGAAAUCAACAACAACUGACAUCAACAUCAUCGUAUCAAAUACAUUCAUCCAACAUAAAUUACCUCAUCAAACCUCUUGGAUGCAUCCAGGCAACAAGAUAUAGCACAUGA